AUGUACAGCUUACCGAGCCUGGUAAAAACAGCUUAUUACGCCUGCAACAAGGCCGAACGUAACGAAUUCGACUUGGCAGAAACACCGGACGUCGACUUGCGAUAUUGUUGCGAGUCGCUUUUUGAAUUCUUAAAAGUCAACAAGAACCUAGACGAGGGCGACGGUAGGCAGACCAUGUACAACCGGUCGCAGUUCGCAGUCGUGGACAAGAAGUUUAAAUACGUUUGCGAGGAGGCGGCGUUGCAAGGGCACAUCCAUUGCCUGAAACUCGCCCACGAGAUGGGCCUCCCGUGGAACGAUAUGACGUGCAACAACGCCGCAUUGAACGGCCACUUAAAAUGUUUGAAAUAUGCCGUGAUGCACGGGUGUCCGAAGAGUUUUAAAGCUUGCAGCAACGCCGCCUUGAACGGACAUCUGAAGUGCUUGAAGUAUUUAAGGAGGGCCCGUUGCCCGUGGAACCAGGCGACGUGCAGCAACGCUGCGUUGAACGGGCACUUGGACUGCCUAAUGUAUGCGCGGAAGCAUCGUUGCCGCUGGAACCAUGCGACGUGUAGCAACGCUGCAUUGAAUGGUCAUCUUGAUUGCCUGAUGUACGCACGGAAGAACCAUUGCCCGUGGGACAUGGACACUUGGAGCAGUGCCGCAUCCAAUGGUCACCAGGCCUGCCUAGCUUAUGCGAGUGAAAACUGGUGUCCAAGACCGUCGAGUGACCCCCCGCCAUAA